AUGGCGGCUGCCGAUGAGGAGCUCUCUGCCCUGCAGAGGAAGAAAAACCUGAGCAACAUAGUAGAGCGACUGCAGCUGGAAAAACGGGACAAUGGGAUUUUCUGCUCCUACUGUGACUCUUCUGUGCCUGCUAUUAAAUGCUGCCUUCACUGUGAGGCUUUUGUUUGUAGUAAGCACCUGAGAAUGCACAGCAAGUCAGAGAAACACAUCUUGGUAGACCCCACAAUACAACUGGGGGAGCGGAAAUGCUCUGUCCAUGAUGAAGUUUUUAAAUAUUACUGCUACGAGGACUAUACUUGCAUCUGUGUGUCCUGCUGGGUGAGCGAGGAGCACAGGGGCCACUGGGUGGAGCUGCUGAAUGAGGCCUCUGCGAAAAAGAAAAAGAACCUGAAAAGUCUUCUGGGCAAAAUGUCUUCAGAGAGAGAAGAUACUGAGAGAGAAGUACAGAGACUGCAGGAGCAAAGGAGAGAAGUGAGAGAAAAAGCAGCCGGUGAGACAAAGCAAGUGACUGCCAUGUUUAGGGGCAUCAGGGAUCAACUGGAAGCCCUAGAGAAGAAGGUCCUGAGUGAGAUCUCCAGGCAGAAAGAGGAGCUCUCCCUCAAACUCUUGGAUUUAAUCCAGCAGAUGGAAAUAAAGAAGGCCGAGCUGUCUAAAAAGAUCCAUCACAUCGCAGAGGUGUGCAACAUGACAGAUCCCCUGAGUGUCUUACAGGAAUGGGAAUCAGAUGGAGCCGACUUCUGUGGGGACGAGUGGGAAGAUAACGAGAGCGAUGAUAUCGUGGUCCCUGCUGUAAAACAUCUGGAUGUCAAUGUGACAUUAUUCACAGGUUUAGUUGAGAUUGUGACGAGCGUUCAGGGGUGCUGGUUCCCUGGGCAGGAGGCUACAGACAUGUUACUGGAUAUAAACACGGCCAGCAGUCAAUUAUCUCUAUCAGAUGACUGGAGAUCUCUGUCCCACUCUUGUACAGACCAAUGUUACCCACAAAGCCCAGAGGAAUUUCAAUACCCUCAGGCUUUAAGCACCAACACUUUCACCCCAGGGCGUCAUUACUGGGAUGUGGAAGGCAGUGAAUCGGGAAGCUGGAAGGUAGGGGUGGCUUAUUUCAGUGUGGAGAGGGAAGGGGUCCUGUCCUGGAUAGGGGAGAAUAACAAGUCCUGGUGUUUGUACAAAUGGGAUAAUAAAUAUUCAGUGAUGUAUGACAGGAAAGAAACCAAGUUGCCCCACGUCCCGUCCUGCAGGAAAAUCAGAAUCACACUGGACCAUGAGGCUAGACGCUUGUCCUUUUAUGAGCUGAGUGAGCCAAUCAGACCCUUACACAGCUUCACUGCCGACUUCACUGAGCCCCUCCAUGCUGCAUUCUGGGUAGGGUGGGAUGCCUGGGUGAGAAUCAUUAGUUAA